GUGCCUGGCAAGCUCAAUGAGGAGCGCCGCAGGUACCCGCAAUUCCCACGAGCAGCUCGCCAAGGCUGCCGUCGGCUAUAUAUAAAGCACCUCCAUCGCGGACCAAUGCCUCUCUAUCUUCCUUCACAGAUCUCCGUGGCUGGCCAACUCUCAGUCACAACUCUCAUCCAAGCACACUCAUCUCUGCUGCUCGGGGUACACAACACACAAUGAGUAGCAAACCCACUAAGACCCGCCCAGGCAGUGCUGCAGGGCUGCAAUCGCCUCCUCCGAGCGACAACGAGAGCCCACCGCUGUAUGCUGGCAGUCAUCUCGCUAAUGAUCUAAGACUGCCAUCAACAGCCGAGCAGGUCAUCACCCCUCCCUCGACUCCACCGACAUCCGAAAAGGACGUCAACAAGCAUGGCCGAGCAGCGUCCAUCUCCUCGACAUCGAGCGCGAGCACCAAGGCUUCUUCGUCGUACUACGCGCACGCGUCCAAGAAAGGUCUCAAGUUCAAUGGCGUCACCGUCGAGGACGUCGAAGAAGCAGCCGAGACCGACUCCAACCUGUACAGCAUCGGCACCAGACGCAAUGUCCAGCCUUUCGUGGAGCUUGACGAAGUGCGAGCUCAUCUGAAGCUGCUGCACGCCUUUGACGUGCUGCGCGAGAGCGUCUACCAAGCUGCAAAAGACGAAGCCAGAGCUCCCGCUCCUGCGCACGACGACCAGCGGCUUCCCGACUAUGUCAGGACCGAGACUCCACCGCCCGGUCACAACGAGGAUCCAGGCUUCGAUGCGACGUGCCAAAAGGCCUGGAGCACUUACCUCGUCCAUGCCGUACACCGCUUCGAGCUCUGGCUCUCUCACGUUCUCACCGAAUUCAAUGCGCGCCACAUCCACUCUUCUCCUGACCUGGGAGAGGUGAGCGUCCCGUGCAGGAAGCCUUCAAACAUCAUGGAGAUGCCGCAACAAUGCAUGCCGCCCGUCGAUGUAGCGAUGAUCUAUCACAGCUACUGCCUUAACCCCGGUUGCUUUUUCGAUGAUCUACUCAGGCUCAAGAGCAGAACCGCACUUGCAAGCUACGACUUUCCUGUCAAACAAUUGGCUGAGAACAUCGUCAUCGAUGGCAUCUCGGUCAGAUUCGCCAACGCGCCAGCUGAGCGACUGUGGUCCACAACCAUCACUCAAGAGCCUUGGUCAUCUCCACUGACCACGCCCAAGUUCGACGCAAACCAGGACUCCCAGACAUCUCUGUUCGGCAAGCAUAUUCCGUGCUGGCGUCAAUUCUGCAGAGCAACCACCUUUGUCCCUUGGCGCCGAUCAGACGGACAACCUAGUCUGGGAGAAUCAGCCAUCCCAUCCCAAGACCCUUCCAAAGCUUGGUCAAUGCCAUGCCAGAAAUGUGGAGCGACGCUGAACAGCGAUCGCUGCAACGGCAAGGCCUUUGCUCAGGAUUUGUCACAAUGGUGCAGAUCGGAAAACUUCCGCACUCGAGGUCUCACGUUCUCACCCCGCGAUGGCGGUCUCUUCUCCCACGAUCUCGCCGAGCCUAUCUUUGUCCAGCUCUUCGAGCACUCGCCCUAUCGAACGCUCGAUCUGGCCCUGGCGAGGGCGAAUGCGCGAACGAAGGGCAAGGUGGGUCAGCAACUGCAGCAAGAUCCUUUGAGAUGGGCUUUCGAUCAGACGCGAUCGGGGUCGAUGAAGACCAUGGCAGAAGACAUUGCUACCACUAUCAUGGCCCUCAAAACACAUUCCCUGCGAUCGCGCUCGGCGGAAACCCUAUUCAAGAGACGGAUUGGCUUUGUGCUGAAGAAUUACGUCGAGGCGGAAGCUGCUGUUGGACGAGGAUCUGUGGAUCUCGCCAAGGCUGUGCAGAGGCAAUUCAGCUUUGUCGGGGAGAUGAAGAGAUUGGGCUGGAGCGAUCCUCGAGCUUUGGCCGAGGGCACCGAAGAGGCGAGCUAUGCGCGCGCGAUAGUCAGGUAUCACUCCUGGCAAGCUUUGAUGGCCACCGAAAAGCAGAUGCUGGUGCCUACGCUCGACAUCGACCUGAUCUGGCACACACACCAGCUCAAGCGGAGCUACGCGUACGACAUGAUGCGCAAUGUGGGUCGCUUCAUCGAUCAUGACGAUAAGGUUGAAGAAGGCGCUCUGUCGGACGCGUUCGAACAGACCAGCCAGCUGUGGUUCAAGAGGUACAAGCAACCUUAUUCUACUUGCGGAUGCUACAAGCCGCCCGAGAGUAUGGUAAGGCAAUUUGGAAGCUUCUUCAAAGGUACCGGCUCGCUCAAGCAGCGCAUGAAAGCUUCAAAGCCUCUGAGGCCUGGCGACAUGCCCGAAGACGCCUUCGACGAUGCGCUUCACCCCUCCACCCACAACAGCGUGGUAAUCAGACCUGCAGAGGGAACAGUACUCGAUGCUGAUGCUGCGGGAUCGUACGCGGUCACAAGGCAGAGGGCGCAGCAAAGGCGCCACGAUGCACAGAAGGCCGAAGAUGAUGGCGAUAGGCGAAGAGGUCACGAUGCAGCCUUUGUCUAUGGAGCAGGAUACGUACCUUUGUACCCCUACGUCAUUGUGCCGGGCUACUAUGGAGGAGCAGGCAUGUGCGCCGGUGGAAGCACGGGUUCGGCUGGCUGUUGCGGCAAUACUGCUGGAGCCAGCUGCGCCGCAGGCAGUGGGUGCGGAAGUGCAGCGAGCGGAGGCUGUGGUGGAGGCGGUGGUGGGGGAGGAGGUGGAUGCGGAGGUGGUGGUGGAUGUGGAGGGGGCGGCGGGUGUGGCGGUGGUGGAGGAGGUGGAUGCUAGGAGCGCCUAUGAAGCUGGUCAAUCUCCAAGGAUUGUCUACCCACUCUCUCGCGCCUCCAGGAUGAUCUCUUAUGCAGCACUCUUGUGACCUUUUACCGGCUGCGAAUCGCUAUUGUAUCAAGUAACUUGUCUGCAAAUCUCAUGCCCAGUGAUCCAAAGAGC